UAACGUUAAAGCCAGACGUGUAUCUAACAGGACAUUUCCUGCUCAAACAGCUGCAACAUGAAUAAGUAAUAUGAGCCAUCGCUCCAUCGCAACUUGUUUGUCUGAGACAAUAUACUCAUGAAUUCUAAAGAGGAUGUCUUCCGAUUUAACGUUAUACUUAGAAAAUCAUCUAAAAGACCCCGUGAUGGAUAGUGAGACAGGCAUCAUGUCUAUCGACCAUGGAGGAGAGUGGGACAUUAGCCUGUUUGAUGAGCUGGACUACCUGGGGGAUGGAGAUGAGCUGCUUCAGGCACUGGAGCAUGUUGGCUAUGCCAGUGAGGGUCCAGACCUGGACUUUGAUAUCGAUAUACUGCCGUGGAAUGAAGUGGACACAAGCAGCCCCUACACAGAUGGUGAGGUGAGCGUGGACUCUCUGUCACCUGCCCACACUCUGGGCUCCGUCCCCUCUCCUUCCUCCGUGGAGUCCCUGUCCCCGUACUUCUUACAAGAUGAGGCCCUGUCUUCACAGUCGCUGCCCUCUCCUGUUUCCGUCUGCUCAGAGUCCAGCGGCUUCUCUGUCGUCUCUGCCUCACCUAAGAAAGCUCCAAAGAGGAGCAUCCAGACGGCCCGAGCCAGACAAGCUCAGCCAAUCAAGAGGCCGAUUCAGAUUGGCCCGAAGAUUUCCAUCCAGCCGAAGCCGCUGAUCACAGCUGUACCCCUGGCUCACGCAGCAGCUCCCCUGCAGGCGAAGACGAUCAUCAUCCAGCCCCUGCAGACCACUGUGCUGCCUGUGGUCAAACAAGCUCCAAUCAACAUCCAACCAGCGCCCCCUCUAGGACGUCCCAUAGUGCUGUCUCAGACAAACCAGGUGCUGCAGAUCCAGACUGCACGGGCCGUCACCGCCAAUGUGGUCGCCAUGCCAACGCUCACCCAUGACAGGCCCGUCCCCGUCGCCGCCCCUCCAGCGAUCUCCAUCACGCUUCGGACCUCUUCCUCAGAUGAUGAUUCGAAGGUGUCCCAGAGGCAGCAGCGCAUGAUAAAGAACCGCGAGUCGGCGUCCAUGUCUCGGAAAAAGAAGAAAGACUAUCUGCUCUCGCUGGAAGGUCGCUUGAAGAUGGCGUUGUACGAGAACGAGUCGCUCAAGUGUGAGAAUGGCAACCUCAAGAGGCAGCUGGAGGGUAUGCUGAGUGAGAACACGGUCCUAAAGGUAACGGCCCCCAAGAGGAGAGCCGUGUGUCUCAUGGUGGUGUUGGUGUUCGUCAUACUUAACGUCGGACCAAUGAGUCUGUUUCAGGGUGGCCCGGGCUCCAAGCUCGGAGAUAUCUCCACGCAGCAUGGCAGCAGACACCUGUUGGGUUUCUCCUCGGAGGCGGAAGCGGAGGUUGGGAUGGGCCCCGAUCACCUCAGCAGUGGCCCCUCUCAGAUGGCCGACAGCUCUGAGGAUAAGGCCCUGAUGGUGGUGAAGGAUCCCAUCUUCCUCAGACCAACCCCCCCCUGCCAGCCUCCUGUUAACAAGACCAAGUGCUUAGAGUUGGCUCACGAGUUGAGGGGUUGGGUCCACCGUCAUGAAGUGCAGCAGACCAAAUCCAGACGCAUGAGUAACGGCAAUCACAAACCCACCAGGACCAUUCUGAAAGCAGAGAAUAAGGAGGCAGAGAGUGCUCAGAUUGUGACGGUUCAAUACACAGAAAACUCUGAGGAAAAGAGUCCUGGCAGUGAGUUGCAGGUGUACUACGCGCCUCAUCACACCUACAGCGACUUCUUUAACGAGAUCAAUCGUCGUGGCGACACUUUCUAUGUAGUGUCUUUCCGCAGGGAUCAUCUUCUACUUCCUGCCACCAACCACAACAAAGGAAGUCGACCGAAGAUGUCUGUGGUGUUGCCAGCCAUGAACAUAAACGACAGCAUCAUAAGGGACAAAGACUACGAGGUGAUGAUGCAGAUCGACUGUGAAGUAACGCACACGAGGAUCCUCCACAUCCGGUCCUCCUCCAUCCCACCUCUGCUCCGGGUCAACCGCACAGACACGUUUUACCAGCACUCCCCGACGGACAGCCAGGCCGCGCCUCCUGUCGCUGUGCUAAUGGGGUCUGCUUAAGAUUAACAGCAACACCUGUUAUGAUUUAUCUAUAGGACAAACAGAAGAUAAGACUUCUUAUUAACACUUUGUGUUUUUAUUAGGUGUUUUCUUCUGUCUGGUGAACUCCCACUGACUUCAUGUUUUUGAUUUUAGAUUUGAAUGAAAUCCAUUACAACAAAAAGGUAGCUCAGCGCUAGUCGGCCGCAUUCUUCAUCAGGCCUGAUAUCCAGAGGUCUUCUGUAAAAGGGUCCGAGCAAACGGCAGCUCCUUGUGUGGCAACACUGACUUUUCCCUGCAAUCCGAGACGCCCCACAUAAGGGUAAUUGCUUAGCGGCAGGGGGCUGAGCAUUGAACCCUGAGUCACCCCGUCAUAACACAAAUACUUUUACCCCGUAACAGCGCUCCUCGUGUCUGCUCUUUCUUUUUUUUGGGUUUCUUAAUGUCGAGAAGGAAAACAAAACGGAACAGGCACCUGCGGUUGAUCUCACUGGGAAGGCAUUUGUGAUAUUAACGUUUUUAAAAGCACAAACAAAUUCUGCGUUUGUAUCGCCGCUGCAGAAUAGAGUUCUGCAAGGGCCUCUUAACAGUAAGAGACGCCACAUUAAUUACAUGCAGCAAUAGAGGCGUUCAGUAAUCUCAGGAAGUCAGGUGAUCUGUGAAAGCUAGCAGGCGAACCACUUUGCUGUUGGCUGGUUUCAGGUGUUUUUAACAUUAUAUCGGUCUUUGUACUGGGCUUCUCUUAUAUUAAUGAACACAUUCAGAUACUGGACAUGAUUAUUUCUAUUAUUAUGUAACAGUUAUGACUACUCCUGCGGUGUGAUGUAAUUCACUCAUUUCCGCCGUCAAAGCGUCAGGAUUCAUUGAUUUGUUUUUUAAAAUAUCUUUUCUCUAUUUGUCUGAUUCGUGUUUUCUGGGAACCUUUUAUUCUAAUCGACUGCAACAAACUAAAUAACGUAUUGUGUGUGUGUGUGUGUGUGUGUAUAAAGUGAUUAAUGGUGGAUUGGAAGGAAACAUAUCGUAAACGUUAGAACUAGGAGAUUUUUUUUUUACAUCCUGAUAUUUCUUCAUUAAAUUUGAAACCCCUGCCUUAACAGUUGAGCUAAAACGGCCGAUGUUUGAUAACCACUGGUGAGAGACUUCGUUGGAGUCCUGACUUCUCCGUCCAUGGGGCUGAAUUGCACUUAUUAUUCUGUGCACUUAAGCUUACAGUAUAUUGCAAAUGCAAUCUACUGGAAAUGAGUUGUUUGUGUGAUGCAGAACCUGGGAAGAUGAGGCUUUAAAUGCCUCCCAUUCUUCAAAACUGCUGAUACAUCGUCAGAAUAUGUACUUUAUGUUUUUGUAUACGUUGAUAAAGCAACAUACUAUACUUGUACCUGAACGUGCAAACCUUCUAGCUUCACAACUGCACACAUGGUUAUGUUUUUAGCUCAACAGAUGCCCAUUAAAAAGAAACACAUUCUCUUCGCUGGUGUUUUCUCGGGGCCAGGCCGUCUGUCUGCAAUUUCUUUUUUUCCUUUUUGGUUUUGAAAAUAUAUUUGCUUCCCUGCAUCCCAACAAUACUUUGGGGGAAAUAAAGCAAGAGUACAAUUAAAAAGUUUGAGUGUUUUUUUGUAUUCUUUUAUGUGCAUAAACCAAAAUAAACACUGGAUUUACAAAA